AUGUCUCCCCUCUCUCUUUUUGUGUCUCUAGUGGAAAGAUGCAUCAGUUCCAUGCAGGCUGGGACUCAGAUGGUCAAGCUCCGAGGUGGUUCUAAAGGCCUAGUCCGCUUCUACUACCUAGAUGAGCACAAGUCAUGUAUCCGUUGGCGGCCAUCACGGAAGAAUGAGAAGGCCAAGAUCUCUAUUGACUCCGUCCAGGAGGUGUGUGAGGGGAAGCAGUCAGAGAUUUUCCAGCGCUAUGCUGAUGGGAGUUUUGACCCCAACUGUUGCUUCAGCAUCUAUUAUGGGGACCACAUGGAGUCACUGGACCUGGUGUCCUCCAGUGGGGAAGAAGCUCGAACCUGGAUCACGGGUCUCCGGUACCUGAUGGCAGGGAUCAGUGAUGAGGAUAGUCUGUCCAAACGUCAGAGAACUCCCUCAAAGUGGCUGAAGCAGACAUUUGAUGAGGCAGAUAAGAAUGGGGAUGGAAGCCUGAGCAUUAAUGAAGUGCUCCAGCUCCUUCAUAAGCUGAAUGUGAACCUGCCCCGGCAGAAGGUGAAACAGAUGUUUAAGGAGGCAGACACAGAUGACAACCAGGGCACGCUGGGCUUUGACGAGUUCUGCGCCUUUUACAAGAUGAUGUCUACCCGCCGGGACCUUUAUCUGCUCAUGCUCACUUACAGCAACCACAAGGACCAUCUGGACACAGAGGAUUUGAAGCGCUUCUUGGAAGUGGAACAGAAGAUGACAGAUGUAACCAAGGAGUACUGCCUGAACAUCAUCGAGCAAUUUGAGCCUUGCCUGGAGAACAAGAGUAAGGAGGUGCUCGGCAUUGAUGGUUUUACAAACUAUACCCGGAGUCCAGAGGGAGACAUUUUCAACCCCAAGCACUACCAAGUGAACCAGGACAUGACCUAUCCGUUAAGUUACUACUUUAUCACCUCUUCCCAUAAUACCUACCUCAUUGGGGACCAGCUCAUGUCCCAGUCUCGGGUGGACAUGUACUCAUGGGUCCUGCAGGCUGGCUGCCGCUGUGUGGAAGUGGAUUGUUGGGAUGGACCAGAUGGGGAACCUAUCGUGCACCAUGGUUAUACUUUGACCUCCAAGAUCCUCUUUAAAGAUGUCAUUGAGACGAUCAACAAAUACGCCUUCGUCAAGAAUGAAUACCCAGUCAUCCUGUCCAUUGAAAACCACUGCAGUGUCCUUCAACAGAAGAAGAUGGCACAGUACUUGACUGACAUCCUAGGGGACAAACUGGAUCUGUCAUCAGUGAGCAGUGAGGAAGACUCCACCACUCUGCCAUCUCCUGAGAACUUGAAAGGCAAGAUCCUAGUCAAGGGGAAGAAACUCCCAGCAAAUAUCAGUGAAGAUGCAGAGGAGGGGGAUGUAUCUGAUGAGGACAGCGCUGAUGAAAUCGAUGAUGACUGCAAGCUAAUGAAUGGAGAUGCUUCCACCAAUCGGAAACGAGUGGAAAACAUUGCCAAGAAGAAACUAGACUCACUGAUAAAGGAAUCCAAAAUCCGAGAUUGUGAAGAUCCCAAUAACUUUACUGUCUCCACACUGCCUUCCUCGGGGAAACUCGGCCAAAAGGCUGAAGGCAAGAAGAAAUUCGCCUCUCUGGGCACCUCAGUCACAGACAAAACUAUGAACAAAGCUGAAGAAGAGGUGGAAUCCGGGGAAGACUUGAGUGGCAGCAAGCGAAACAGUCGACUGCUAAUGAGUAGCUUCUCCAAACGCAAGAAAAAAGGCAGCAAACUAAAGAAGACUUCCAGCUUAGAAGAAGGGGAUGAUGAUUUGGAUUCUCAAGGAAGCCAAAGCAAAGGGGCAAACCGGCAAAAGAAGACCAUGAAACUGUCCAGGGCUCUCUCUGACCUGGUGAAAUACACCAAGUCUGUUGGCAUCCAUGACGUGGAAACAGAGGUCUCCUCUAGUUGGCAAGUAUCAUCCUUUAGUGAAACCAAGGCCCACCAGAUUCUACAACAGAAGCCAGCCCAUUAUCUGCGUUUCAACCAGCAUCAACUGUCCCGUAUCUACCCAUCCUCGUACCGUGUGGACUCGAGUAACUACAACCCCCAGCCCUUCUGGAACGCUGGAUGUCAGAUGGUUGCCCUCAACUACCAAUCAGAGGGAAGGAUGCUCCAGCUGAACCGCGCCAAAUUCAAUGCCAACGGGAACUGUGGCUAUGUCCUCAAGCCCCAAUGCAUGUGUCAAGGUGUCUUCAAUCCCAACUCUGAAGACCCUCUCCCAGGGCAGUUGAAGAAACAGCUGAUACUUCGAAUUAUCAGCGGGCAGCAGCUCCCCAAACCACGGGACUCCAUGUUGGGUGACCGAGGAGAGAUCAUUGACCCUUUUGUGGAAGUUGAGAUCAUCGGGUUACCUGUGGACUGUAACAAGGAGCAGACCCGGGUCGUCGAUGACAAUGGCUUCAACCCUAUGUGGGAAGAGACCCUGGUGUUCACAGUGCACAUGCCGGAGAUUGCACUGGUUCGGUUCCUGGUCUGGGAUCAUGACCCCAUUGGACGGGACUUCAUCGGACAGAGGACGUUGGCUUUCAACAGCAUGAUGCCAGGUUAUCGGCAUGUCUACCUGGAAGGGAUGGAAGAGGCCUCCAUCUUUGUUCAUGUAGCUAUCAAUGACAUCUCUGGUAAGGUCAAACAGGCUUUGGGCUUAAAAGGCCUCUUUCUCAGAAAUCCAAAGCAGGCGUCCCUGGACAGUCAUGCUGCUGGUCAGUUCCACAACAGACACUCCAUUAGCGGCCAGCUCCUGCGGCGCACGGCUAGUGCGCCCACCAAGAGCCAGAAGAAGGGUAAAAAGGGCUUUCCUGAACUCACCAUGGACACCAAAGACAACGGCUUGGAGGGGGCCGGGGAGGACACCUCCCAGCCCCGCUUUGACUCAGAGCCCGAGAGUGCAGCCCCCGCCCCCGGAGCCCUUCCCGAGGGGCCAGGCCGAGGGCCCAAAGAUGGCCGCUCGUUCUCCAUCCAGAGAUCCGUCUCCUCUUUGUACAGCCUCGAAACCAUCGCUGAGGAGCCGCUCGUUGCCAAGGAAACGCCAUUCCCAGCUCCCUGCCCCCCUCCGCCCCCCGCCCCCCUCAGCCACUUGGAGGGAGGGUCCCACUGCUCCGCAGGCUCCGACACCCCUCUGAGCUCUCCCCUCCCCGCAGGGCCCAGGACCAACGGCCUGAGUGGACUGAUAGCUCCAGAGCCACCCAGGAUCGAAGGAGAACGGCAGAGCGACGGCAGAGAGCAGGAGUGCCAGGGGGCACUGCCCACCCCCCUGGCAGGGCAGGGCCUCUUGCUGGAUCCCUCCUCCUCCCGCUGUCAAGAGGAGCACGAUGGGGCAGUUCAGAGGGUGGGGAACGCAGGGGACCCCCGGGGGCCCCGCCGGCCUGGGAGCGCCGUUCCUCUGCGUGUCCCCCCGGUGCCAGCUCGGGCCCUGGCUGGCCCACCUGCGGUGGUGAGGAGGGCCAAGAGCGAAGGGCAGGUGACCUUGGACCACCUGGUGGUCCGGCGUGCCCCGGCCGGACAGUCCCCUGCCGCAGCGGUCUAUUCGGACGCCACGGGCAGCGACCAGCUGUGGAGCAAGCUGGAGCCGGGCAGCCAUCGGGACAGCAUGUCCUCUUCCUCCAGCAUGUCGUCCAAUGACACGGUCAUCGACCUCUCGAUGCCCAACCUGGUGAGGAAAAGCCUGCCCAACCUGGGCUGCUUCACGGGCAGCCGGGAGAAGCUGGGGAGCCUGGCGGCGCACAAAGGCCCGUGGCCCCGCGCGACGGCUUCGGUUGGGGCUGAACUGCCCACCGUGACCAAGAGUAAGUCCAACCCCAACCUGAGGGCUGGGGCGGCCCCGUUGCCACCCCCCGAUGAGCUGCAGCCCCGGCCCUUGGCCCGGAGACCCGAGGAUCCUCUGGCCUCUCUCCACCGGAGGCCCACCUGGAGCAGGCUGUACAUGGAGGGCCUCCGGGCAGAGGGGUCCUCGCUGGGGCCCCGGGCUCAGGAUAUGGGGGCUGCUGCCAAGUCCAAGAGCUUGGGUGACCUCACGUCCGAUGACUUUGCCCCUGGCUUCGAAAGCACCUACAGGAGCAUCAGCAGAAGCUUCGGCCCUCAGCCCCCUCCCGCCUCUGGAGCUGGGAGACCCCCAGGACCCAGGCUGCAGGCCCGGCCUCGGGACGAGCUGACCGAGCAGCUGAGGAGACUGACUGGCUUCCAGCUGGCCGGUGACAUCACAUCCCCCACCAGCCUGGGGCCAGCCGAGGAGGAGGAGGAAGAGGGGGACACCGGGCCCACCACCGCAGGCCAGGGGCCCGGCUUCCUUCGCAGGUCGUCCUCUCGGAGCCAGAGUAGAGUGCGUUACAUCGCCACUCGGGCCCGGCAGGCCCAGGAAAGGCAGCGGCUCCAGGGCCUGGGGGUCCAGGGUCCCCUGGAGGAACGGGGUAACCCCGAGGGGGCCUGCUCCGUGAGCCGGGAGGUGUGUGUGGAUUCUCUGGCUCUUUGUAUACCCCCGCCCAAGUUCACUCCGGGCCUCACUGAAGAUUCACACUCAGGCCCUGUUGUCUUGAAACUCUAAUCCAGAACCGGGGACAAGGAAGCCUAGCCAGGGAAAGGCAUUGGGGUUUGGGCUGCAAAGACUGAGAAGUGUUCUUACUCCCCGCCAAGGUCCUGCCUCCCCCUGACCUGCCCUUGCUCUGGGCUCAGGCCGAGGCCAAGGGCCAAGGUAGCUCUGGGACCUCACCACUGAACUGGUCGCUCUUACAUUGCCCAGGCCUGCCCUUCUCUUCCCACCCAGCCCUCUCCAUACAACUUCUCAGUACCCAUGCCUGACCCACUGUGUGAGAUCCUGCAUGCUAGCGCCAUCCCCUUUCCCCAACCUGAGCCGCCUAGGGGAGCGUUGAGCCUCGGCCCACUCUACCCGCCCCUAGAUCCCUUCGAUGGGCUCGUGGGGCUCACUCGGCAGCAUCAAGGCAAAAAGCAGGAGGAGGAUGCUGGAUUCUUGGACUCUACUGUUGGCGGCAUUCCCUCGGGGAAGGCUGCUGCCCUCUGGCUCAAAUAGAGGGAGGAUUUGGGCUGGGGGGAUGCUGUCCUACAAUGCUGCUGUAUAUAAAGCAUGGAGGGGGAGUUCUGGGGCCUCUCCAUGUUUGCACUGCCAUGCCAGGGUUUUCAUGUGUUUUAAAAUGAGAUUAUAAACGUAUAUAUUUAAAUUUUUAGACACCCGUAUAGAAUGGGAGAAGUUAUCCAAAAUUAUCCUUCUCCAAUCCCCAGUUUUUACCUUUGUUUUUAACCUCAUGUGUAUGGACUUACACAUGCAUGUGUAUGGGUGGGUAUGUUCGAGUGAAUGUAUACAUGUGUUUGUGUGUGUGUGUGUGUGUGUGUGUGUUCAGGACAGUGAGAAACCAUGAAGACACUAGCCCUUCUUGGUGGGGAGAAUGUUGACCACAGUGGCUUCCAGUCUACCCCAGUCCCAGGAGAGGGCAAUCACUUUCUCCUGGUGCCCAGGGUCACCCCCCCUUUUACCCAUCUUGCUUUAUUUGUAUAAGAAUUGCCUCUGUUCAUUGAAACAUUUUAAAAUCCUAUUUGUAAGCUCUUAAAUGACUCCAAUAAAGUGCAUUCAACCUU